UGGUUUCGGAUAUAAACAAUAAAAUAAAAUAAAACAGAAGAGAAGGAAACAGAAGUAAAAAAAAAAUAAAAUGGGUUACACAAGAUCUUCUCUUCUGUCCGUGGCUCUUGUCUUGGCAUUCUGUUCAAGCAUUCAGGGUUUGGACAUCACCAAAUUGUUGGGCGAAUAUCCCGAAUAUGCACAGUUCAACAAAUACCUAACUGAAACCAAGCUGGCGGACCAAAUCAACAGCCGUAACGCCGUUACAGUCCUUGCCCUUGACGACGCCGCAAUGGCUUCCCUCUCCGGCAAGUCGCAAGACGCCGUUAAGGCCAUCCUUAGCACCCAUGUGCUCGUCAACUUCUACGACGAGAAGAAGCUGAUGGAAGCCGAAGGUAGUCGCACCAAGGUCGAAACCCUAUUCCAAUCCUCCGGUGUCGCCAAGCCCAACCAGGGUUACAUCUACGUGGCGCUCAUCAACGAGGGGGAGAUUGCGUUCGGUUCCGCCGCCGCCGCACCGAAUGCACCUUUCGAGGUUGUGCUUGUGAGGUCCGUGACGAGCCAACCCGACACCGUUUCGGUUCUUCAGGUUAGCAAGCCUAUCGUUGCACCUGGCGUUGAAUCUGCGGCAGCAGCAGCGACAUCUGCUACGGUGCCACUUGCAACAACCGCCGCCGACGGUGCCGGUGAUAACAUUGCACAGUCACCUUCUGCUUUGGCACCAGGUCCCAGCAGCGAUGCUUCCCGCGUCUACAUGGGACUCUUUGGUGCUGCUUCCGCCAUCGCUUCCCUCGUGAUGCUCGCUCUCUAAAUGACGAGAAAAUUAAUUAAGAUAAACAAUGCUGUUAAUUAUCACGGAUGAGGAGAUGUUAAUUAUUGCGAAAACGCUUGUUUAUGAUGAUGUUAGUCUGUUGAUGGGAUUCGUUCUUUGAUCUGAUUGAAUAUUCUUUCUAUGUU